ACGUCCGGACAAUUCGGAUGGCCAAAAAAAUUGUUCGGACGUUGCAAAAUAUGUUGGAGGAAUUAGUUUUCUCUCUGUUUUUGUCUCUUCCGGACAAUCCGGAAGGUGCAAUCCCAGACGGAAGAGAAAAAUAAUCCUUUGUUUUGACAUUUCAAAUUGGUCGGAAAAUGAAAACACGCUUUCUUUCAACAGAACUUCGUAAGUGAUCACGGAAUUCGCCGCGGACGGUCGGAACUGGUUCGCUGGGUCAACGCGGAUGGUCGGAAUUGGUUCGCGGACCUGUCGUGGGGGAAGGAGUUGGGGUUUAUCCUCCUGCGCAAACCCACUCCCACUGGGUGGUGUCCAAAUGGUGGUCCGACGGAAGCUGCAACUGCGACUGCUUGUAGUAUCGAUGACCGCAGCACCUCGGGUUCAAUCAGUUUCCGCGAUUGGACCGUCAGCUAACCGAUACUACUCCAAGAGUCAGCUACGAGACAAUCAUCUUUCCAUUUUGCCCACUCGCACGCUUCAGACGCCAUCAGCUUUUGCAAAUCGAGCUCAGCUGUCGGCAGCAGCAACUCACCGAAACACCUACGCCGGGGAGAUGCUCGUGACGCACGACGCGACGAGGACCGCGUACAAUCUGUUCAAAAUGUGUCCCAGCCCGCAGUCGGUUGGCAGCCUCGGCCAACUGGACAAUUUUAAUCCACCUACCGCGGACGAACUUGCUGCUGCUGAAGUGCCGAAGCAGAAGUUAGGUUUUGGAGGUGUUUGGGGCGUCGCUGGUGAGCAAACCAGCUGCCGGUGGAAAUGACUUUGCCGACUAUGCGGCGUUUGGAUCGGUGCCUGUGCCAACGCCAGUUGCGGCGGCUCCUUAGACGAGAUUCGGUUUUAGAGUUCGGUGGCCAAAACUUCCACCACGCCUGCGUUAAUUGCCGACACCAGCACGAUUCAAUGAUUGGCCAACUCUAACAAAAGUGGUGCAACCCAACCCAACUGCAGCCGAUGGAAUGUUUGCCAAGUUGGUCACUUACAAUACGUCUCUUCUUCAUCGGCCACGCCAACGGCCAGCUACACCCAGCCAACGUAAUCUUCCCCAGGAUCUUCUACGAUGGUCUCAGCUGCGCCUUCAGUCUCAACAUCACCUAUUCCAGCGCCCAACAAGCAAGCUUCUUUAGAUACCCCGGUGUCGAAGGCCGAUGUGGUUCAGCCUUCAGCACCAACUCCACGGGCCCAUAUCGGAUCCGUCUCAAGCAGAUAAAUCACCAAAAUCGGACAACCUCCAGCUCGCGCCAAUAUUACAGUUUCGUAAGUACUU